GAAUGCCAGACAAAAACGUCAGUGUGUGCCGAGCAGCCAUGAGGCGGUUGCGUGUCCCCGUGCAUGUGAAACCAGCAUAACUAUAUUUAACCAGUGCGAAACAAAGAAAAAACAAUCUGUGAGCAAUAAGAAAUAAGAUAGUACACGAUGAUCAUAAGAACUGGAUUUGUAGUUCUGUGUUUAAGCAUCACCAUAGCAGCGGAUACUCCAGACCCAACGGCUUUGAUUCUCACCCCGCUUAUAAAUCAAAACAAGCUUCAAGAAGCGAGAAACGCCUCUCUAGUCAACAGCACUCUCUUCCUCAACACCACGAGCCAUGCCGGGUUCCUCACGGUUAACCCAGCUUCUAACUCCAACAUGUUCUUCUGGUACUUCCCUGUGGAUGGGAAACCGGUGAAUGAGACGCCUUGGAUCGUUUGGCUGCAAGGAGGACCGGGUGCGAGCAGCUUGGCUGGGCUGUUUGAUGAAAUAGGCCCGUUUGAGUAUGAUGGUGUGCAGUUGAAACGACGCCAGUGGUCAUGGGCCAACAACUACUCGCUACUGUUCGUGGACAACCCAGUUGGUGCUGGGUUCAGCUUCACCAACAAGCAGGACGGAUUCGUCAAGGAUAUGGAAACGUGCUCCAAGAAUCUCUACAAAGCACUUCAGCAGUUCCUGACGAUAUUUCCUGAGCUGCGAACGGCGCCACUGUACAUAGCUGGGGAGUCUUAUGCUGGUCGUUAUGUACCGGCAUUCGGGUACAAAAUCUUGGAGGAGCAGCCUUCGGGCAACGCAUCUAUCAAUUUAAAGGGUCUCACGAUGGGCAACCCAAUCAUCGAUCGAAUAGACGCUGCUAACUUGUCGUCGGUGUACUACCACUGGGGUCUACUAGAUACACAGGGCUUGCUAGCCGUCAAACCACUGCAGGAUAAAUACAGUCAGGCAGUUGAACAGAACAACUUGCAGGAAGCUUGGAACCUCCGUGAUCAACUCAACCAAUUAUUGCUAGAUAUCUCCCAACAACCCAACCACUUCAACCUGCUGAACGAGUCAGGCAACCGGGCUUUUACCACCUUCAUUGAUCAGCCCCACAUAAGAGAGGCUCUUCACGUCGGUAGCAUACAGUUCACAUUCAACAAUGAUUCGGUCGACGAAGCCCUGAUGAAGGAUUUCCUUGGGCCUGUUAGACCGAAGCUGGAAAAACUGCUAGAACAUUACAAGAUCAUGGUAUACUGCGGUCAACUAGACUUGACUGCGCCAUGUGAGCUGGCCGCAGAUUCUCGGCGCAAGCACUGGCACUGGAGUCAUCGAGAUGAUUUCCUCAAGGCGCCAAGACGGCCUUGGAUGGUUAAUGGAAAUUUGGCUGGCUACGUCAAGCAAGGUGGUGGUCUAACAGAAGUACUGGUGCGCGCGUCAGGUCACCUAGUUCCAAAAGACGUGCUCGCCCAAGCUUACCAGCUUAUCAGCUCUUUCAUCAGCCAGGACUUCACAACAUAUCGGUACUCCGAGGACGAAUACACUCCUAUGAUUGAUGAAAGAGAACCGUCAGGUUUGAAAAUGGAAGGAGCGGAUGGAUUAUUGGUGACUAGCAUUGUACUUAAUGUGAUUUUAUUGUUGACUUUGUUAGUUCUUUUGGCGCAUUACGUUAAGUCAAAGAUGCAGAAAGACAGUGGUGAGCAUAAUAUUUAUUAUAGUCCACUUCUGACAUCUGAUGCGUAAUUUUUCCAAUUCGUUACUGCUUUUCAAAGCUUACGUAUCUUCUUUUUGAACGUCUGCUUUUUUGGACCAAUAUGUAAACAUGACUUCCAUGUUCCACUGACUUAGGGAGCGCACCCACGGGCGACAAAGUUGCUUGGUGACUUACGUAUUUGUAUGAAAAGUUGCGUCGCUUCGUGAGCGCACUUUCAUACUAGCCCAUGGUCGCGACGGUGUUUUCAGUCAAAGGAAAUAGUAAA